CCCCGACCAAUCAGAGCGCUCGGUUGGCGCGAGCUGCGAAUCGGGAACGUUGGCUCGAAUCUGGAUGCUCGAACUUUGCCGCGUGAAGAAGCGCUCCGCUCGUAAUUUUAUUUGAAAUACGUGUAAUUUUAUUUGGAAAUUCAGGUAUGACAGAAAGGAGAGAAGUAUGAUAAGAUUGAUCGACGUGCAUUUGAUGUGCGCGAUGGACCGACCGUAUCGUGGUGGAAAGGACGUGACGCCUCGGUUUAAAAGGCACUUCGUCGUCCUGACGAUAGGAGAAUUCGACGACGAAGUGAUGAUAAUGAUAUUCAGUAAAAUCAUUCUCUGGCACCUUGACACAAGAGGAUUCAGUAAAGAAUUUGAUCCGUGUAUCGACGAAGUCGUCCUGGGCACGUUAGAAGUGUACAAGGAAAGUCUUCUUAAUCUUUUACCAACGCCAGCUAAAUGUCACUACGUCUUUAAUCUUCGCGACUUCUCCAAAGUGAUACAGGUCUCCUCUCUAAUUCCAGUUCUCAAUCAUAUAAUGUUACUUGGAAGAGAAAUUAAGAUCUAUUUCAAAAAUAAUUGUACAGGGUGAACCACGAAUCGUGUUCAGUAUAGAGUUCUUUCUUAUUAGCAGUCCGAUCG